CCCUUAACCACCACCUUAGAUCCAUUCUCUUGAUAGGUAUUAGGCCCAUAAGUCCUAUGCUGGUUUGGCUUUGGCUUGGACGCACUGUCUCUAGAUAGACCCACACACAGACAGACAGUGUGUCCAUUCAUUCAUUCAUCGAGGCAUGUCCCACUUCCAUUCAUCCACUGUCUCUCUCUCUCUCUUACCUCUCUCUCACCCUCUCUCUGCCGGUGAAGGCCUGGACAGCUCUCGCCAUCGGUCGGCCAGCCGAGCCACGGCUGCUAUGCUAUAGAAGGAGUUAGUCAGCCAGGACGGAUGGGCGGGUGGGUGAGGGCACCUGCCUGCCUGCCUGCAAGGUCCCCAAACAGAGACAGACAGGUGACCCCCCUCCCUCUACACGCAGAUAGAUACGUCAGCAAGGUAGAUAGAAUGCAGUGAGUGAGUGAGUGAGUCAAAAUCGGUGCAAUGCAAUGCCAAUCACUCAGUGCAAAAACAGGCUGGGGAUGGUCGUCUGUACACAUGACCAAGGAUGUAUGUAUGUGCGUAUGUAUGCAAUACAGUCAGUCCCGCGUGGCACGCACGGGUCGGCCAAAAGCACCACUAUCUAUCCACAGGCACUAGGUCCCCCUAUAUCAGCGGGUCAGGCAGUCAGUCGAUAAAGACGAAUGGCAGGCACUCUCAUUCCGGUAGCUAGUAUGUAUGCCUCACAUACGUGCCAGCCGCGCCCAUUUAGUCAUUGUACACCCCUGCCCCCCAGACCCAACAUGAUACAUACCAGCGAGACGAAUGAAUGCCAAAAGAGACCCAGCACCCACCCACCCUUACACAGAUAAACCAAUGUGCGAGCACUUCGCUGUCCCUCUCUUACCUUUCUCUCCUCUGCAGCGCAGCAAUCGUCCAUACGAUAUCGCCCACUCACGGUGACCCAGCCGGUUGGCAAGAUACAUACAUAAUGCUAUCGACACCCUUAGAUUUCCCUCCGCCCACCCAUUCGUUCCAACCGUCUGUCUUCUUAAGACUGACUGACAGUCUGCUAUCUAUCGGUCAGCAUCCGCGAGCACAAAGCUCGUCUGCUCCAGCACUUGCCGCCCUCCAGGGAGACUUGGUGACAACGCUGGCAGCCGCAUGCCGCUUUCUGCCUCGGAGGGGAAGACAUCCGCCCCUCCACCCCUUGCCCACACACGCUCGGACAGGCCGAAUAUCAGCUGCCUCAGCGGCCGCCUCUCAGCUGUGGGUGUCUGUGAUAAUGCUGUGUCCUGUGCUGCUGGUGUUGCUGCUGUCUGUGCUGAUGCGUCUGCCUUGAGGGAUCGCUGUGCGGCCCUGGGUGUGAGUACGGCUUGGUACUGGUCGUUGUUCUGCAGCAGCUUGAUGGCCGUGGCCACCAUGGGGUCGUACUGCAGGUUCUGGGAGAGGCGGAGGGUAUCGGGCAGAUACCUGCACACAGGGAGGGAGGGAGGGAGGGAGGAACGCAUCAACACCAGGUGUGUGUGUGCCUGCAUUUGGUGGAGGUGAUGUGUGAUUGCCUUUGUUUGAUGGCGUCUGCGAGGUCGAGUUUGAGUUCCUUUGCGUUGCGGACAAAGUCAUUCUUGAUCUCCUUGGCCAAGUCCUCCCUGCAGCCAGUCAAAGACGCCAUAUAUCAUAUGCUCUCCUGUUUGCACUGGGUCGUGUAUGUAUGUCUGUCUAUGUGACCUACCUGAGUUGUUGUAUUCCCUUUUCGACCGCCUUUGUGUACGACUGGUCGCUGCGGUCCAACUCCUUCAGCAACGUACCUGCUCACACACAAGAGACAGACACAGGGAGGGAGGCCGGAUCCCCCCACACAUCACACACAUGGGGUGGUGUGCCUUGUCCGUCCGGGCUCUCUCACCUAGGUCGUUGAGUUGCGAUGCGUAGAGUGUGUCGAGUUUGAUCUUGCCGCUCUUGACGCGCUCCAACACCCACCUGUGACCAUAUAUGAAGGCGCAGGGCAGGCAUGGUGGAAUCAAGGAUACUCGUCUGUCUGCAUGAUGUGUGUCCAUCCAUCGAGGGAUGUAUGUUUGUCGGGUAGGUACCCUUGGAAAGCGUCGUAGAUGUCGUCAAUCUGGCUGUCGAUCUCACCACGAUACUGCACACAGUGCAGUGCAAUGGGCGGGCACAGAUAUGAUGCCUGUGUGAGAGUCUGUCUGGUGUGGGUCGCCCCCCACCCACCUCAUUGAAUUUGGACCACUCAGCCGCAUAGUCGAACAUAGCUCCCUGAUACGAUACACAAACACAGGACGCGGGACACACACGUGUGUCGGUGUUCCUUCCCCACCACACCCACCCACACACACACACACACGCACACACACGAGGAAGAGCCCUUUGGGGGUACAUACCUGUGAGAUGAGUGUGAUCUCGAGAGGAGAGGUCUUGGGCAGGUUGACCUUGACGUCGGCCUCGAUGCCGCCACCGUCGCGCACGUACCGACCCCCACGCGUCUUGAACACCUUCCUCUCGCUCUCGGAUAUCUCGUCCGACAGAUACCUACACACACACACACACACACAGAGAGAGAGAGAGAGAGACAUGGAUGAAACCAUAUGCGCCGUGUGUCUGUCUGUGGACCCACAUGUCUGUCUGUCACACACCUGAGGUCGCUGUCGUCAGCCUUCCUCCGUCCGUUCCUCCGUGACUGUGGGUCGGUCGUCGAUGGCCCAUUAUUGUUCUCCUGCGGGGCCGUGGGUGUGCCCUGGGUGUCCUCGUUGGGUGUUGUGGUUGAGGCGUCGGCCAUGUUGACGCCGCCCUCCGAGUACUUGACGCUCUGGAUGCACCGACCGCUGGGCGUGUAAUACCUGCACGCAGGCAUGCCGAGAGGGGGGGAGAAGGCGCGUGUUGCUCUCUAUCUCUCUUUGUUGCUCUGUCUCUCUUUCGCAUCAAUCGAUCUGAUUCAGGCUGAUGGCCGGCUGACUUUGCGACGGUAUAUUUGAGAGCGGUGUCAAAGGGAAGGGCCUCGACGUUCUGGACCAGACCCUUGCCGAACGUCCUGCAGCAGCCUCACACACGCAUGGAUGGAUGGAUGGAUGGAUUGCGUGAUCUGGCUACUUACUGGCUCACUCACUCACCUUCCUGUGCCGACGAUGACGCCACAGUCCAGGUCCUGAAAGAAGAGACGAAUAUACGAAUGGGCUGGCCCUGCUUGCCUGCCUGGGCAUCGAUCGCAUCGAUGUAUGAAACCCCCACUGACUGACCUGUAUGGCUCCCGAUACAAUCUCAGCUGCAGAUGCGGUGGCUUCAUUCGUCAGAAGAACCAACUUGACGCUCGGGUCCAACACGGGCUCGGUCGUACUCCUGGUGGAACAUACAAUACACACACACGGAACGAUGUGUGAACCAACCUCGUGUGUGUGGGCGUGGCGUGUUGGUCGUUCGUUCUCACUCACUUGUAGGCCACUCGCACGAACGACCGCCCCUGUGCGCUCACUAUCUCCGACCCCUAUGUAUGUCAAUCACAGAUAUAUACAAUACACGCAUCGAAUCGACCCAUUCAUUCAUGUGUCACCCUGUCUGUCUGUCUGUCUUUGUGUGUUGGCUGGGCUGUGAGCUCACCCACUUUGGGUACGAACAGUGAAGCGAUGUCGACGGCUGAGUUGAGGAGGCCGCCAGGGUUGCCCCGCAGGUUCAGCACCACCCCGUCCAGGCCGGCUCGCGGGGCGUUCUGCUGCAGCCAACGGAGCGCCACGCGCAUCUCCUGCACACACCCACCCACACAGGCCAGGACACACACAAGGAAGUCAGUCAACUCGGUGUCGCGUAUGUAUGUCUUGUAUGCAAUCCAGGCUGACGGCGAAUGAUGAGGCUGAGAAGCCACUGAGCUGGAUGUAACCUACACACGCACGACAGACACGACAGGCAGACAGACAGACAGAGGGAUAGAUUAGGUAGGACAGGUCAAGUGCUGAGUGGACUGGGCUGGUGGUACUCCCUCGGUCAGUUAGUUACCGAUUCCAUCGUCUCUGCUGCCGAGAUACUGGAAGAGCUUCACAUUAGGGACGCGGACCAGCCGACGGGUCAGCGUCACCUGAAGAAAGAAGGAUAGAUACAAACCAAAGCGUGGCGCACUCUCAUGCACACGAAGGGGAAUGGCAUGACCAUCCGUGCACUGAACUCACUGCCCGUCUUCCUUCCUUCUCACUCACCGAUUGCAGUCCGUCGACUCCAUCCCUGAUGAAGGCCACGUUGACUUGCGAGUCAGGCGGGCCCCUUAGCAUGUUCUUGACUGCACACACACCACAACCCCACCCACAUGUGUCUCUUGUGGGCCCCGUCUCUUCAUUCAUACGUCCACCACCCAUCCCUCAUUCAUUCUACGAUAGAUACCUUCCUCAGGCGAGAGGUUAGCCACGGGUCUGCCCUCGACCUCCACCAGAUGGUCGCCCACCCUCAUGCCAGCGUCGAAGGCAUAGCCCUCGAACGCACCCAUCACUAUGAUGCCCGUCGGGUCCUUGCCGCGCUGCGGAAAGGAGGCUCGCUGGGAUGGGGAUGUUGGCUGGGAUGGUGAGGGUGGGGAGGGGGAGGGGGCGAUGCGUUGGGGGAUGGGCUCGGCCGACGCCGUGAAGGGGCGGAGGGUGGAGGCCAUCGGGCCGAUGCUGUCGUCCUUUGGCUUCUCGGCCUCGAGGAUGAGGUCGAUCUCCUUGGUGGCCGUGUCAAUCACCUGUAUGCAUGAGGACUUAAAGGAGUGAUUGAACGUGCCUCGUGUGUGUGUGUGUGUGUGUAUGUGUGGUGAUGACGGCUACCCUACCCUUUGAGGCGGGUUUCUGUCGACGGCAAUGACGAGACCCACACCGCCGUAGCGGCCUGCGACAUUCUCACGAAGAUCUGACGCUGCCUGCACACAUGAUAAAGCAGAGCGACGACACCGUGAGAGGAUGUGCAUGUGUCAGUUUGGCUGGUGUGGUGACCUGUAGGUUUUCAAACUCCGUGUAUGGGUCAAGGCUCCUCAGCAUGGCCGUCACGGCCGUGUUGAACAGCUUCUCUGUGUCGACCUUCUCAACGUAACCUGAACGAACAAUCAUUGGGUACCAAACAACCAUAAUCACUCGACGCCACCCACCCACCGCACGGCACGCACCCAAGUCUCUCUCUGGUGUGUGCCGCCCAGCUCACCUCGUAGAUGCAGGACGUCGGCCGCAUUGCCAGCAUCGCUGAAGUGUCUGUGGAGGACUUCGAGG